ACACGCGGCGUCAGUCUGGCGUCAGUGCGGUGUCAGUGCGGCGUCAGUGCGUGGAAGUCAACAAAAAUAUAACCUUUUCUGUCGGUAGUUUUGGAGUUUCUCUUUUACGGGUGAAUAUAAGGAUGGCCUUGACUACUGCAAAUUCAUCAGGGAUACCUGACAAACAUUGGCAACCCCCAUUUGUUUCUUUUGAAACAACAAUGGGAGAAGUGAUUAUAGAACUGUACUGGAAACAUGCUCCCAUAACUUGUAGAAACUUUGCAGAACUUGCAAGGAGAGGAUAUUACAAUGGCACAAAGUUUCAUAGGAUAAUCAGGGAUUUCAUGAUUCAAGGUGGUGAUCCUACAGGAACUGGGAAAGGUGGCACUUCCAUUUAUGGAGAUUGCUUUGACGAUGAAAUACAUGAUGAUUUAAAGCAUACAGGCGCUGGUAUAUUAUCAAUGGCAAAUUCUGGUCCUGACACUAAUGGCUCACAGUUUUUCAUUACCUUGGCUCCAACACAGUGGUUGGAUGGAAAACAUGCUAUUUUUGGGAGAAUUCACUCUGGAAUGACAAUAGUGCAAAGAAUUGGACUUGUUGAAACAGAUAAGAAUGACAGACCAAUUGAUGAUGUGAAAAUAGUUAAAGCUUCAGUUAAAAAUAUGUAAAAAUACAAUAUUUAAUUUUAUAAAAAUAGCAAAAAAACGUGUAAGUUUGCAACAAUAUCAAUUCACAAGCAAAAGAUCAACAUGAGAUAAAAAAACUUGGAUUCAUUUUAGAGUCAAGGAAAGUAGGAUUAAAAAACAAUUUAAUUACAAAGUAAAAAUUACUUUCUGUAUGUUUCUACAAUACUAACAAUAACAAUUUAGUAAAUUACACUCAAUGCAUAUUCAUAAACACCUUCCUUUCA